AGAAUGGCCCAUAGGCUAUAGCCUUUUUCAGUGCCAACACUCACCCAUCACCAUCACCAUCUGAUCUUAUUGGAUGAUAGGCCUACUUGAGUUGAUGUCCUUGAGCAACUUAUUUUGGUAGAAUCUCAUUUAAAUGAUCAAUUAGCUAAACACACGAAUGUUGUAUUGGUUUAAUCUGAAGAAGCCUGGGCUGCACCGCCUCUCUCUUGAUCUCAUUAGGUGCACGCGCUUGUUCGGAUUACUGUUUGUGAAGGGGAUUAUGGACAUGAACAGCAGACAUGAUUUGUGCUUUCUGCGAUGCGGUUUCCACGGGUUUCCACUCGAGUACACAUCACGGCACACCGAUUUAGUUCAGCUUGAAAUAUCUCGACCUGUUCCCUCACACCUGACCGCCUUUCAGCAUCAUUUUGCAUCAUGGCCGACAUCCCCCAACUGAUUAAAAUCGGCGUUUCGCUGAAAACCACUCCGAAUAACGGACCCGUGUUCUUCAAGUCGGACGGGACGAGGUUCGGUCAGAGCAGAACCAUCAAAUUACUGACGGGAACUAAAUACAAGGUGGAUGUGGUCGUUAAACCGGGAGCAGUUGAGGCGACAUCCAUGACUGUUGGCGGCGUGACUUUCCCUUUGGAGCAGCAGUCUAAAGACCCUCAGUCUGUAGUGUACACUGGCAUGUAUGACACCGAGGGAGUGACGCACACCAAAAGUGGAGAGAGGCAACCUGUUCAAGUCAACAUACAGUUCACUCAGGCAGGUCUGUUCGAGACCGUCUGGCAGGUCAAGUUCUACAACUACAACAAGAGGGACCACUGCCAGUGGGGGAACAGCUUCAACAGCAUCGAGUACGAGUGCAAACCCAACGACACACGCACCCUCAUGUGGAUCAAUAAAGAGCUGUUUCUGUGAACCACGUGUGAAGUGUGUGUCAGCUGCGAGAGAAGACAAUCUUAUGAAGACCUCCCUAAACAUCACACUGCCCACUAUCACAGAAAUAUGAAUCAGCGGUUCCUGAUAGUGUAGGGUUGUAGCCUUUCCUAAGAACUGAUUAGAGUGUUGUGAUGAAUUUACAAGUACGAGUUUUACCGGAUUUGUGCUGGAAAAUCAGAUCACUGCAUUUUAGCUGCACUUUACCCUGUUUGUUGUAGUGUCGUCUUUUUUCGCAAUUCCUUCCAGUUGUCUACCUCUGAAGAACCCGCGAGGAUGAAGUUUACUUUUAUAUGAGUUUACAGAUUUUAUAUAGAUUUUAUGAUAGAAUUGUUAUUAUACCGUAGCAUUUUCAUAGUAAAUUUUACUUGUAUGAAUAUACCUUCUAUAUGGUGUCUUUUUAUGAGUAUUUGUCAUGGUGCAUUGUGGUAUAUGUGCAAUAAUUGUAAGUGGAUGUAUUUUUCAAUGUUUUUGCAUUUUUCAAAAUGGCAAUAUUCUAUCAAAUAAAAAGUGUGAGUGGUCUCA